UCUGACCAGUCACUGGGCCGUGUACAGAACCAGAAGAGGAAGUGCAGGACCAACGCCACCCCCGCCAGGAGGUCGGCCAGUCCCAGGCUCGCGAGCAGCAGGAAGACGGGGGCGCGCAGGGAGGGGGUGGCCAAGAUGGUGGUGACGACGACGGCGUUUUCAGCAGCGAUGACGGUCCCCGACACGCACAGGGCCACGCCCCAAACGGUCGGCUGAUGCGGCGCCUUACAGGAUGCAGGCGGAUGGACGGAAGUAAAACCAGUUCACCGUGGCACCAGAGAAGAGGAUCCCGUCACGAUCAAUCCAGUGUGAGCUUCUGGUCCACCUUAGCUCUGUGUGGACCCUGGCAUCCUCCGCUGCGUCUGCUCCGUCCUCAGUCUCUCCUCAGAAUGGCUGAUGCUGAGCAGGGAUGCAGCCACAAGAGAGACGGGCUGACGUCACUGACUGAAGAUCUCCACCAAUCAGAGGCCGCCGUCGGUGAUGCGAGCGGCGUGGGGAGGGGGGGGUAAUUUCAUUCAGAAAAAUGCGGCAUCUGUAGGGCCCCUCCCCUCCCACUGCAGUUUACUCCGACUUCUUGUAAGUAAUCACUAUCAAACCCCCCCCCUCUUCCCACAACACACACACACACCCCUCCUCAACGUACCACAUUUCUCCAGUAACACACUGCUCUGGGUCAAUGACAGAACAGAUUGUUUAGUAAUAGUGUGUGUGGAGGAGGGUGGGUGUCCAGGGAGCUGCGCUGUCUAUGGUGCUGAAACUCUCUGGUGACUCAUGAGGGCUCUGCUGAUAUGGCGACCCAUGAGUCCACCUUCGGACGCACAAGGAAUUUAUACAAAGAAACCUCAUUUGAAGUCAGACAAAUGAGAAUUUUAGUUUCAUAUACUUGGCCACAUCUUCCUACUGAUAGGUUUGAAAUGUCAGUUACAUAAAUAUAUACACGUGAUUCAUUUUAAUAUUCUUCAAUACAGACUGCUGUCCUUCCUUUUGGAUUUGGUAUUGUAGUUUAGUUUAGCCCACAAAUUCUUUCUAUCUUUCUCUACAGUAUUACAACAUCAACCCUCUUCCUUUACUACCAGCCUCUUGGACAACCUGCCCCACACCAUGGCAGUGCCUACCUACCUCUUUGGGGUGGCACGACCUACAUAGUAGAAGGGUCAACACAAAGGCAUUUCUCACUGCUGUAUGGAUGGAUGAACCGUGUAUUGGGCGCUGAACAAGCUCCACACAAGCAGGAGCCUUAUGUAGCGACUCGUCUUUCUGCUUACUGACUUACUACCAACCUGCCUACCCUCUCACCAAUGAAUCAUCCACCACCUACCUAGGUUACCUACCUUUCCUAUCUGCAUGCUUACCCCUUAGACUAGUGAUGGGCUGGUGAGGCUUCAUGAACAGCCAGAGCCGCUAGAUGCGCUGAAAAAUCACAGUUUCAGUGAAACCAUCCAUCAUUCUAAAACCAAGAGGGACACCUUACGAGUUCUGAAACUAGUGAUGUAAAAGUGAUACUCAUGAAGCCUCGCCAGUCCAUCGCUACUUUAGACCGCCUCUACUUCUCCCCCCCAACAUAGUUAUUUAAGAUUAUUUAAGAUGAUAAACACAACAGCCCUCCCUGCCGUCUUCAUACCUUCCUACUCACCAUCUGACCAGCUUGCCUUCCUGCUUCAAGAUAUCUUAAUGCAUCACUGUAUUGUCUACAUCUCCUCCUGCCGUGGAGCUUGUGAGUUCAUGUUCAAUAGCAGGAUAGAAUCUCUUGACGCAGAUGAGAGACGCUCUUCAAGCUCCGAACAGUAAUAAGGGUCUCUUUGAUUUGAGACCACCGGUUGCCACAGCAGCGCAGCGGAGGCGGGAAAUGCUCGGCUUCCCUGGUUUGAUCGCGAGCGUGGGCGCUGCGAGGCGGGGGAGGGGGUGGUGGUGAAUAUCAAUCCGCCGACCUAGAGGGGGAUCCUCUCCGCUCAAGCCUUAUUAGGACAUGCUUCCUGGAGACGACGUCACACUGAGCCUCUCCAUCACCUUCACCGAGGUCCUUCCCAGCAGCAGACAGUGGGAGAACAUGCAGCAGGGUUUGUAGACAUGCCUGCAGGUCAGGUGACUACGUGUGGUGUGGGGGGUUUCUUUUCUCGCUCACAAAUGUAUUGAUGAGCGGUUUGAGUUUACACAAUGCAUCUGCGGUGUGGUGAUGCAGGAUGUGGCGGCAUCUCUCUCUCUCUUCCUCUCCACCACCGCACUCUCAGCCCACUGCACUGAGGAAACCAUCUGAGAGAUGGAGGAUCCACAGCCAAUGACUUCACCUGUUGGGUGCCACGUUGACAAUGACUCAUGACAAGCUCCAUCUUUCUUUUUAACAUUUUGAGUCCCACUUGCGUUUUGAUAGGUUGAUUACAGAGGGCGCUGUUGACCUGGUUUUCUGGAUGCGUGCUGGAAAAUGGAUGCACACGUGUAUGGAUGGAUGGUGUUUUGGGAAUGGUUGAGUUCAUCCUAUGUAGCUAUACAUAAAUGUGUGUGUGAGAGUGAACUGGGGGCGGGGCCAAAAAAAGCAGCCCUUCUUUCAGAUCAUGUGGCAACGCCAUGACACACUUAUAUUUCCUCACCGAAAUGGGGAAGUUAGCUAGCUGCAUCUCCGCAUGGCUGAGUAAACGUGCGCGCUGGUGUGUAUUUCAGGUGCACUGAGGUGGUUCUCUCGGUUGCCUGGGAACCCACUUUGGCCGCUGCUCAUGUUACUCAUGACUCUUUCCCUCCUUCAGUGUCAUUGUGAGGUCCCGCAUCUCAGCCUGCUCUCCUGGUCCCAGAUAUUAUUUUCAGGUUCAGGGAGUGAACCAGUGUGGUCAGGAUGCAGCAGCUGAAGGUCUUCUACUCUGCUCUGCUGCUUCUUGCUGUGGUCUCUCUGGUGCUGUCGCAGUCAGAUUGUUCUCAAGCCAAGUCAUGUGACCUGUGUGUCGGUGCCUCGAUGCUCAACCUGACUGGCUGCGUGUGGAGGCUCUGUCCUUAUGACAAUGACGCUGGCAUGUGCAUGAAGGAUGAGGGCAGCGUGGCAGACUCCUCCAUGAACUGCAGCUGGACCAGAGUGUCGGAACUGUGCUCAGUCGUUGAGAUCGUCGCUGAAGGAGACAAGAGUGACUCAGAGGACAAGCCCAACCCCGAGUUCUCCCAGGCCAAGUUUAACAUGUCCAGCUUCAUCGGGGGCAUCAUCCUGGUGCUGUGUCUGCAGGCCGGAGGCUUCUUCGCCAUGCGCUUCCUGAAAUCCAAAGAGCAGAGCAGCUACGACCCCAUAGAGCAGCCUCAGUGAAGAUGCUCGGAGCAGAGCGGAGCGGUGACUCAUCCGGCUGUGACGACAACAAUGCUCCGACAUAAUGUCCCCGUCUGUCCCCCAGAGAGAUGAGUUCAGCACAGUCUUCUCUAAAUGGUGUUAAGUUUUGUCUCGGCUGUUUACGAUCGCACCUUUUUGUAGUGGUCACAACACUGUCACUGAUGAAGAAAACAAAUGGGUCUGUUGUAAAAUAAAAAAAAAAACCCUAUUAUGAAAAAAGAGCUUUCUCUGUCAACAUAUUGUUUUGUGCAGCAAAUAUACAUUUGAAAGUCACAUUUUUGUGACUCAUCACCUUAUUCAAUAUGAACAAACAAUGUUUUUUUUUUUUAAUACCAACAAACACCAGUUGUGGUUUUGCUGUUGUUGUGAGUGGCACUAAUCUUUAGUGUUGCUCUCGAUAACGUUUGCGUGUUUGUGUCGCAUUACAAAUAUUUAUGUGUCAGCUUUGAGUCAAGUCAUUCAAUCCUGACUUGUGUGCAGUGUUGGUGGUGUAUUUAAAUAAAUGAAGAAAA